CCAUGGCUUUAAAUUGAAAUUUUGUUGCAGGUCACAGAGAUUUAUAAUUUUACCCAGGAUGAUUUGAUGGCUGAAGAUAUAUUCAUCCUUGAUUGUCACUCAGAUAUCUUUGUCUGGGUUGGUCAAGAGGUUGAUACCAAGAAUAGACUGCAGGCCCUUACAAUUGGAGAGAAAUUUCUUGAGCAUGAUUUUUUGUUAGAAAAGUUGUCUCGUGAAACUCCUAUAUGCAUUGUUAUGGAAGGGAGUGAGCCUCCCUUUUUUACUCGAUUCUUCACAUGGGACUCUACAAAGUCUUUGAUACUUGGAAACUCAUUUGAAAGGAAGCUUGCCAUAGUGAAGAAUGGGAGUACUCCAAUUGUGGAUAAACCUAAACGGAGAACACCUGCAACAUAUGGAGGGAGAUCAAGCAGUGUUCCAGAGAAAUCUCAGCGUUCCAGAAGCAUGUCCUUCAGCCCUGAUAGAGUUCGUGUCCGUGGCAGGUCUCCGGCCUUCAAUGCACUAGCAGCAAAUUUUGAAAACCCCAACGCCAGGAACCUUUCAACUCCACCACCGACGGUCAGAAAACCCUAUCCAAAGUCUGUAACUCCUGACUCUGGGAAACUAGGAGCACCAAAAUCUACUGCUAUAGCAGCUCUUAGUGCUUCUUUUGAAAAAUUUGCACCACCACGAGAGAUUAUCAUACCUAAAUCCAUUAAAGUGAACAAAGAGGCACCCAAAUCAACACCGACGCCUGACUCGAAAGAGAAGUCAAUGAGUAGCAGACUAGAAUCCCUCACAAUACAGGAGGAUGUCAAAGAGGGCGAAGCUGAAGAUGAGGAAGGGCUUCCAACAUACCCAUAUGAACGUCUUACAACAAAUUCAACAGAGCCUGUUACAGAAAUAGAUGUGACUAAGCGAGAGACUUAUCUGUCAUCAGGAGACUUCCUGGAGAAGUUUGCAAUGACAAAGGCUGCCUUCUACAAGUUACCCAAAUGGAAACAGAACAAGCUUAAAAUGGCCCUUCAUCUGUUCUAAGUCUCCCUCAUGCAUCUCAUUUUCUAAAGUUCCCUGCAAACAAGGCUGUAGGUGGAGGAAAGCCAACCUGUGAAUGUGUAAAUUUCUAUCCUUCUCCAAUGGUUCUGCUCGUCUUCUUAAUUUCAAGUUCUGAGCUGCGUUGGUCUCUUUCUAAUGCAGUGGAAGAACUCAAUUUCUGAGGUGUGAAAGGGACAGCAUCAGUGCAUUUUUAGCUGCUUCUGCUCCCAAGGAGCUUGUUUUCAUGAUUGAUAGAUAAAAAUCAGGGUGCCGACCUCCUUUUCUUGAUUCUGGUUAUCUGAGUGUCUAGCAGUUUUCUUCCUAUUAUCAUUGCAUUUUUGAUUGAGGUAGAAAUUCUUUUGGUAUUCU